AACUAACAAAAUAACUGUGCAUGUGGCACUUAACAUCAAAACAUUAUGACUCAAAGAAACAGCUGACACAGCCUACAUAUUAUUUAUCAUGCACAUUAAGUAUUAAUGGGGGUUAGGAUAUUAUUAGUAGAGAAAUCUAAAGUUGCUGUGAGUUUCCAAACAGGUGAGGGUCAUGUGAUGCAGGCUGGCUUGUGUGAACUGGGUGUAGCUGUCAUAUUAAAGCCCUGUUAUGACUUUUAAAGCUUUAUUAUAUUUAUUUUCUGUAAAGCUGCUCACAGUUUUUGUGUGUUAUUUUUUAAUCUCAUUUAAUGGUAUAAAAAUACAGUAUCUAAGCUUAAAGUGAUUAUUAUGUGGGCAUCCUGUGGAUAAAAGGCCAUUUUCGGAUGUUAGGCAAGCCUUUAGUUUGUUAAUGUUGCAGCUGGAGAAACUUUUUAUAACUUAUAUCCUAAAUCUAUGUGGAGUUUCUAUACAUGUGUUAUAUAUGUGUUAUGUUUAUAAUUGAAGUCUGUAGAAUAACUAGAGAUUUUGUAAUGACUGUAAUGAAGCAGUUUUAUUUACAAUCCAACACUUUAGGUUUGAAUGUGAAAAGCUCGGUGUAAUUCACACACUGACCAGCUUUUAUUCAUCUUUUCUUUUAACUAGACCUCUCUGAACCAUCAGAGUGUGGCUAGGUGCCGUUUUAUUGCGACCAAAGGGGUAAAAACACGACUUUUAAUCAUAAAACCUGACUGUAACUGCUCCCCCCCGCUCACUGCGCAUGCGCAGUGAAGCAGGGAGGAGGGGGUCUGCUCUCGCUGCUCCAUCCGGGAACUUCAGAAUUACCAUUGACAGCCGAAGCGCAACUUUUCCCCAGGCAAAGUGAAAUCAAGCCGCGGACUCGGACAAAAUAUAGUCCCCGUUUUUCAACUUAAAAUUAGCGAAAGAAAAGCGACCCGGCUGCCCGGUCAGACCCGUCGACGCUCGGUGGUCUUCUGGAGAGGAGCCGUGCGAGGCCCGAGCUCUUCCCGCCGGGUUUGGAGCACUUUUGAAGACGGGCGGAAAGUGGGUGAUGAGUCCUGGGCUGUAAAAAGAAGCGAGAACUUGCUUUGCAGCCCGAGUAGUUCUUCUUUCAAUUGUUAUUGUCGCUUAAAAAAAUCUUUAAAAUCACUCAAACUUGGUCUCGGCCGCGUCGAAAGUGGGAGAAAAGUGCUUUCCUGGUCGGAACAUGGAACUACAAGGCCUGCAAGAGGCGCUGAAAGUAGAGAUCCAAUGUCAUCAGAAUCAGACGUUGUGCAAAGGCCUCAAUGAACUUCAGAACGGACAGAAGCUGGCGGUCAGAAGCUGUCCUGUUGGGACGACUAAGCCGCUGUCGCUCAUCAAGCCUCCCAGUCAGGGCAUCGCCAUCUCCGUGGUGCCGGCCAAGGCUCCCGUUUCCAUGGUAACCGCACACAUUAACGGACAGAAGGCGGUGGCGAGCUCGGAGCCACUGCAGACGUCCCCCAUCAACCUUCAGACGGGCGGCAGGGCCGUGGCCGCUGGAGUCCACCCGUUCAGCAGCAGCAGCAGGAGAGCCGGAGAGCUGCCCCCCUCCCAGAUGCUGGGAACUCUCACUGCUGUGCCCAUCAAGGUGCCUCAAGUCAGCUCCCUGCACCGGCUGGCAGGACAAGCAGCCACUGUGCUACCUCAGGUCAGGCCAAAGACCCAGAUCCCCGACAGCCUUCCCCACAGCCCCUGCCAGGAGCUGCAGCCUCUCAGCCUGCAGCGGGCCGCCGCCGUGGUCAGCCCCAAGAGCCAGGGCCCCACCCUGCCCACCGCGAACAGCACCUUCAGCCCCGACCACCAGCCCAACGGCCAGAGCGAUGCCUCACCGCCCUCGGCCCCGUCGGGGGGCCCCGACUCCAGCAGCCCCGUCCAGCACGCCUCUGCGGGGCCCGGCGUGGCCUACGCCAUCAUUGCUGCCUCCCCCGCCACCGGCAAUGGGGUGUCUACUGUCAGCGAGGCUGUCAAGGUGAUUAUCAUCCAGCCGCAGGCGCCCAGCAGCACCGAGGGGUCCCCGGCCCCGCCCACCCCCAAAUCCCCAUCCACCCCCAAAUCCACAUCCCCGAAGAAAGACGAGGACCCCGAGAAAAUCGCCUUCAUGGUCGCCCUCGGCCUCGUCACCACCGAGCACCUGGAAGAAAUCCAGAUGAAGAGGCAGGAAAGGAAGAGGAGAAGCACAGCCAACCCGGCCUACAGCGGCCUGUUCGAGCCAGAGCGUAAACGCCUGGCGUCACAUUACCUGAACAGCUCACUCUUCCUGUCAGCACGAGACUCUGAGGAUUUCUGCUGGAAGCAGGACUUGGAGCAUGAUGACCACUGUGCCGUAUGUAAGGAGGACGGCGAGCUGCAGCAAUGCCACAAUUGCCCUCGAGCUUUUCACUCGACCUGCCUCCACCCACCGCUCAAAACCCCACCCAGAGGCCCCUGGUACUGCCCCAAGUGCCAGAAGAAGGUCCUGAAUAAAGAGAACAUGUCAUGGCCACAGAACUUCGUUCAGUCCUACGUUACACACAAGACGGUGAGGCAGGAGGAGAAGCGACGGCUGCUGAGGAGGAACAACGAGCUGAAGAAAGAGUGUGCUCACCUGGAGGAACAAGACAAGAAGCUCAACAAGACACUCAAACAAUGCAUGGACCUGCGGGAGCGCCUGCUGGGGCAGCAGAGAGACACUCAGGCGUCGCUCGAGCGCCUCAAAACUCUCAUUAGGUUGAUCCAACGCGACCAGCUCAUCCAGGUCACCAUGACGACCACCGCCACCAUCGCCACGUCGCUGCUCUCACAGUCCUGGAUCAAAUCCACCAGCACCGCCGCCGCCGCCACCCCCCCGGGCCCCUCGGCCACGCCCCUGCAGACAAGCCACAGCCAGGACGACGUCAACAUCUAGCCCCGCCCACCAGAGCUCCGAGUUUUUCCACAGAGGGCAGCGGUGAUGAUUUCUUUAGUCAGAAAAAUAAUGAUGAAGAGCCUCUAUCCUACACACGAUUCAAGUAUUUUUUAAAACCCAACACCUACAGUGCUUACGAGAUUUCUUUUUUUAAGUUCUUUUCUAUUUAUUAACAUUCUUGGCCUUAAUGUAUUUAUUACAAAAAGUUCGAUUACAGCGUGGCGGCGGGAACGCGCGGCCCAGAAGAUAUUUCCCUUUUUUGAAACACAGGUCUGAUUCCUGUCCUGCGUAUAGAGAGAGAGAACAGUAGAGUUAGAGUAGAUCCAGGAUGGAUGGAAGUGGACGGACUGUACAUUGAUAUAUCUGAGUAAAUGUUUGUUCUCAUUCUCCUAUGAACAAUGUUUUUGCCAUAAUGAUUCAGGAAAAUGUUUUCAUCGUGUAUGUGAACGCAUACGAGCCUUCAAACAAAAGCAGAGAAUAACUUUUUUCAGUAUUAAUAGAGUUAAAGUCAAAGAAAAAAAGUAUUUAAGAUUAAACUACAGAAAUUAGCAUUUCUAGUGGAGAUUUUAGUAUUUUCAUGCUGAUGCCUGUUGAAAAAUGUAAGUUUGGAGUAUUCAAGGGGAUCACUGUACAUAUGUUGUAUUAUUAUUAUUAUUAUCAUUAUUAUUAUUAUUAUUAUUAUCACCAUCAUGAUCAUCGCAGGGUUUUUCUUUUUCGGUUUGCAAACUUUACCGAAGUCACACGUCUGAACGAGACGAGUUCCUGCUCGUUUAAAACAUCCACUUCCUGUUUGACAGCAGAGCCAGAGAAACAUGCCAGACAUAUUUUCAUUAAAAUUCAUUUCCUAUUUACAUUAAUAGUAAAUAGCGAUGCAUCUAGAUUGUAAAAAUAACUGCAGAGCUUCACAUUCUCUUUAAGGUUUAGUCGAAGAAAAGCAGAAAACAAACCAUCCAAACUAAUCUUUGCUCUUGAAAAACUAAGACUGCACUUAAAAAGUCAAAACUGCUCUGAAGCUCUAAAUGAUAUGAGUUAUUAGAAAACCAUUUAUAAAAACUGCUGAGCCCGACAUUAAACUGGAUUUAACUGGUUCAAACACCAUGAUGAUCAGAUACCAUGAGCGCUGAUAGUAGGACCACAAAUGUUUGAUCUCCAGUGAACCAACACAGACCUUACGGGAGGUUCACACACAGGCCCAGCACUAAGUUUGUCUGCUGCUCACCGUGCAGCCAGUGCACUCUCUGCUGGACAGGCUGGGUCACUCCUCAUUCAUCCUCAGCACAUUAUCUGCUCAGUUUGAAAAACCCAAAAUGUCUCAGUAUCAGAUACGUGUAUGCUGAAACAGGCAGAAGGGGGGUCUCCACAACACGUUUAAUCUGGAGAGUUUUACUCCUGAUGUGACCUCAUACUGAUUUUUGUCUCAUUUCAACAUCACCCAUCAAAAUACUGAGUUAAGUCCUGUUAGACCACAGAAGCAACACAUUUACGGCUUUAAUAUUAAGAACCAGCAGAUCUUCAGUAGUCACUGAAUGAACUGUAAGCUGUGUGUAAGUGAACUUCUUUCUUCGUCCUGAGCUAAAGUAAAAAAAUCCCGCUCUGCUGUCACAGGAAGUGAUUGGUUAAAUGGGCGGGGACCGCCGUGUUCGCUCACAGCUGCACUCGAACACGCCGACGUUCAGUCGAUGUGACGCACCCGCCCCCUCUCACCUUUAACCAGUAUAAAAAAUAUGCCAAAAAAGUUUUGUUGUUUUUGUACUGGGAUCAGUAAUGUGCUUUUUUUCUUCCCCUGCCCGUUUUUAUAUUUUUCGCUUUUUUUACUCGUGUUUUUCGAACAGCGACAAGCCUGUUAAUCCGACAGAUGAACACUGCCUCAAGUACAAAUCGUUUGAAAUCCAGGGUUUGCGUCUUUGUUGCGUCAUUUUAUAAACACGUUGAUCGGAAAUGGGACCGCUCUGUCAAACUGUCGGUGGGCCGGGACGCCGCCGUCAGUCCAUUUGUCUCGCUAGUCUUCCUGCUGGUCCAGAGAGGUUCCAUUUGAGUGUUAUGAAGUUAGAUUUAGUACAUUUUUUAUUUGUUUAUCAUGCAGCUCUCAACUUCCUGUCGAUGCACAAACAUGAAGAAACGGUCAGAAAAACAAAGGCUUUAUCAGGAGGACGGGAAGGAAUACAUAAAGACGUGAUUUUAUUUUAUGAGUCAUAUCAAGUCCAAAAUACCGAAAAGAUCCUUAAUGUUGGAGAAACAUCAUCUGCACAAAAGAUUAAAAAACAGCCAAGCGACUCUGAAUGAAAGAAACGAUGAGCAAUACAUCGCCAAAACAGUUCCAAAGUGACUUCACCCCAAAAACAUGUGCAAAGGCCUCCGUCGGCUUUUGACCGUGCUGAGAGACAAAAGUGGGCACGGAAACACGACAGCCUGACUUUUCCAAAAGAUGCUUUGAAGCUGACGCCUGAAAUCUGUGCACCUUCACGUCCAUUAGGUUUUAAAGAGAAACUGAAUUUUAGAACCUCAACCCAAAUCGAAUAAAUCAGGGGCACCGAGACUGAAAGGAUUUUUGGUUUGUUCUGCUUUCAUUUUGGCUUAAAUCUGCAAACAUGUUCAUAAUGAUGGAUUCUUGUAACUCCAGGAGUCAGUAACAUGAACUGACAAAAUAAAUAAAAGAACAGACGGUAUCAAAAAGGAUGAAUUUUAAACUACUGAGAGUAAGAAGAAGGCAUGGGUUGUGAAGGUGCACAGACGACAGACACCUCGGCUGACCGAGGGAUCCCAAACUCAGAUGAACGUCUCUCAGCACCAAAUUUUCCUGCGUCCGUCGUUCCCUCCAUCGUCAAAUGAACAAGUCGUUUUUCAGAAUAAGAGCUCUGUCAGAUUACAGAGCCUGGAAGGAAAGAAAAUGUCAGUAAAUUCUGAUCCCAAAGUGCUGAUCUCUGAACCAUGUGCUCAGGUUAGUGAGUCCUGGUGCAAAUAAAAAGUUUUACAUCAGAGGAAAGCAGCACAUUGACGAAGAGAUGCAUCGUGAUCUGUGUGGCUACCUUAGCUAAUGAAGUUUUGGAUUCAGGCCUUUCAAAAUAAAACGGUUCAGUUUAUGCUCCUACAUUAUUAGUCAACACAAAAGGUCAUCAACACCUUUUUUUCACUAACUUUGUCCAUUUAAAACCAUAUUAUAUAAUCUUAAUUGAAGAUUCAGAAUCUGCAAAAAUCUUUUCAUGAAUAAGAAAUGAUAAAUAAAACUUUUUAAAUUCUCUUUGCAUUUUGACAAAACCACAAAGUCAUAAUACUGGGGAUCCACGUGUUGGACGAUAACGUGGGCGUCUGAGUUCAGUAUCAGGCUGCAUCCACAAACACAGAUAUCUGCUAAUUAGUGCUCAGUAACAGUAAUCAGUUAGAGCCCUAGAAUUUCACCAAAACUGAAGCUCAGACUUCUUGGACGUCCUUUUAGUACAGUCACCUCACAGCAGCCAUAUUGUCUAAAAGGCACCAACAGCACAAAUUUGGUCCAGUCCAGACUCCAGUUGGCUGAGGUGAGGCCUAGCAGACAGCUAGUAGCUACAGCCACCAGUGUCACCAUCACCUGCCAGUCAAAGAGGUCCCGCGAAUUGCAAACUUUAAACCUUAAUACAGUUUAAAACAGUUGAGUUAUAAAAACUUUCUUCCCCUUACAGUUGUCUCUGACUCCAGAUAUGAACCUCAAACUGUUACGUCUCCUUCUUCUCCAGUAUAUAAAACUGUCAUCUGCAUAUGGAGACACUCUUCUUCUUAUUCAUCUCUUUUACUUCCUCUUAUCUUUAUUCUGUAUCAAAAGUUUGAAACAGUUGUUAUAAUGGGGGAAAUUAUCUAAAGAGACCAACAGUUUUUGUAUCAGGCUGUAAACAUGUUUAUUUUUACUGACUCACUGCUGCUGCCUCUGGUGGACAUUAGAGUUUAACGUAACUUAACUCUUGAACUAAACUCUUCCUGGCUCUGAAUUUGAGACGAACCUUCAGUAAAGUGUAAAAACAUCAGAUUAAAUCUUUGAGGGUGACGUGAAUGAUGCCAUGUGAUGCAUAUCGAGUAGGUAAAUAAAACCAGAAGGAAACCAUAUCAGCGCUCUGUGCCACGUCCAUGCUCCGCCCCUUUAAAAUGAACAAACCUGUCCCUGCGAGCGAACCUCUUCAUCCGUUUCUAGAAAUCCUCUCCGGGAGAAACUGUGCAGUGCUUAAACAGAUCUAUUUUAAUACACGAGUCGACAUUUGAACAAAAACAUUUUUAUAUUCUUUUAUGGAGGAGCAAAACGAGAAAACAGAACAUUGGAUUUUCUAUUGUUUGCCAGUUCUGCAUUCUGACUUCUCGCUUCGGUGUAUUAUUUUAACCACGAGGAGGCGGCGACGGCGAUACGAGGGUGUUUAGAUGGAAGUGAAGUGUGUUUUGGCUGUGGAAGUAGAAGUUUUCUUUGUCAUUGAUAAGGGGACUGUCCAGUGGAUAGUGUGUAUAGGAAAGUGUUUGUCUUAAAUAUGCCAAUGUAGUUUUUCUUCUUUAUGAUGCAUUAAAAAGCGGAGUGAUGGAAGGUGGUAAAUGGUUAAAGAGUAGUCUCACCUUUUUGUACCAAGUUCUUACGAAAAAUUUAAUCAUUAAUAAACAAAA